GCCGCCCACGGCCGGAGCCGCGAUGGCCGAGCCGGGCCGCGGACCGCCGGCCGCGCCGGGCACCGAGGGGCUGCCGCGCGCCUUCCUGCAGAGCCUGCGCACCCUGUUCGACAUCCUGGACGACCGGCGGCGCGGCUGCGUGCACCUGCGCGAGAUCGAGUCCCGCUGGCAGGGCGCCGACGAGCACGAGCUGCCCCGCGGCGUGCUGGAGGGCCUGCGCCGGGUGGCCCCGGCCAGCGGCUACCUGACCUUCGAGCGCUUCGUGGCCGGCCUGCGCACCUCGCUGCUGAGCGCCGACGGCGGCCCGCGGGGCCAGGGGCGCGCCCCGGCCCAGGGGGGCUGCCCGGCGCGGCCCGGGGGUCCGCCGCCGCCGCCGCGCCUGAUGUUCGCGCCCGCGGACGAGCCGCGGACGGUCCUGGAGAGGAAGCCCCUACCCCCGGGCUCGCGGCCCCCGCCGGCCGGCCCCGGCGGCGCGGCCCGGAGCCUGGAGAAGCUGUGCGGGCCCGCGGAGGCGGCGCCCGGUCCCGCGGAGCCCGAGCGGCCCCAGGGCGCGGCGCUGGAGCGGAGCCCGAGCGCGGACGCUGGUGCACUGGCCUGCAGGCCCCGGGAGCUCGGCCUGGGCGAUGCCCUUCGGGUCCCCUGUGCCCGAGGGGAGCGUCGGAGGCACACCAUCACCAACGGCGUGGACUGUGACCUGCUGAAGCAGAUGCAGCAGCUGGAGCAGGAGAAGGAGGUGCUGCUGCAGGGCCUGGAGAUGAUGGCGCGCGGCCGGGACUGGUACCAGCAGCAGCUCCAGCGUGUGCGGGAGCGCCGGCGCCGCCUGGGCCAGAGCAGGGCCCGUGCUGACGUGGGCACUGAGGGGAGCCCCCUCCCGCUGGGCCAGCUGCUGCCCAAGGUACAGGAGGUGGCCCGGUGCCUGGGGGAGCUGCUGGCUGCGGCCCGCGCCGGCCGGGCUCCACCCUCAUUGUCCUUGGGGCCCCCGUGGCCGGCCCCCGACUCACCUUCAGCCCCGGGCCGGCAGCAGCAGACCGAGCUCAUGCUCAAGGAGCAGAACCGGCUCCUCACCCAGGAGGUGACGGACAAGAGUGAGCGGAUCACGCAGCUGGAGCAGGAGAAAUCUGCGCUCAUCAGGCAGCUGUUCGAGGCGCGCGCGCUCAGCCAGCAGGACGCUGGGCCCUUGGACUCCACCUUCCUCUAG